CCCUGGUCAAGCAACAUCGAUCAAUAAAUAAUCUGUGCCCAACAACGAUUUAACAAGGGGUCUUUUGUAAAGUCAGCAUUUCAUAUAUACUCCUUCUUUCAAUCAAGAUGGCAUCACCUCUGAGCAUAUCCCUUCGUGCUCUACGACAAACCAACACCCGCCGCUCCGUCACCUCUUUCCGUCGCGCAUUUGCUUCAUCACCACCACCCGCCGGCGACGCCCCCAAGCCCGUAUCUGGUCACGUAAACUUCUACAAAACCUUCACCCGCCCGAUCGCAAAGGUCCUGCUCAUGGCAACAUUCACAUACCAACUAUCGUACUACUUCUGGGUGAAGCUGGAGAAGGACGAGAUCAAGUCGGAGCGACAAAGUAUGGACCAUGCCACGAGCGGUGCAGAGUGACGAACUCACACAUAUUUAGAUGAAAUCCUUCAACUCGAGAGUCAGCUCGAAGCUGCCCUAGCGAAGCCCAAGCAACCGUGAUUGCCGAUUCAACUUUGAGACUGUGUAGGCUGUGUUAUGGAAGGAGUCAAGAUACAAAGGCGCAUUGGAUAUGACGAGGCGAUAUCACUGCGGCAUACCGACUAUCGAGGGCCGUGGCCUGCCUUAGUUUGGGAUAAGGGCUGUUGGGGCACAGCUGCCUUUGGCGGCGGAUACACCUGCUUGUACGAGGGCUGCAGGCAACGGAUAGGCAUUCUAAUGUGUGUACAAGCAGCAGGGACAUUGUAUGAUAUUAACGGCAGACUGUAAUAUUGUCUACGUCAAGCCACGCCUCAUCUGCAGGCUGUAUAACUAAGCUCUUAGUUAGCUUUUGUAUUUAUAGCGAUAUCCCAUUUAAAUAUAUUAUACUAUAUUAUCUAAGCUAAAUAAAUCCCCC